AAAUACCUCACGCCUCCAUUCCUGAACUUUCCCAUACCCAAAAAUCACCUACUUUCCCUCUCUUAAUAGAAAAGACUCCCCCUUUCUACUAGAAAACCCUUUCAAACUGGCGAUCGACAAUCAAGAGACCGCCGUCAAGGAAAUCAAGCUCGCCAGGAGCAGCAGAAACAUCAUGGAGGGAGGCGUUGAUGAUGAUGACAAGAGAUGGCCGCCAUGGCUAAAGCCUAUGCUGAAAGAACGGUUCUUCGUCCAAUGUGAACUCCACCACGAUUCCCACAAGUCGGAAUGCAAUAUGUACUGCCUGGACUGCUUCUAUGCCGGCGCUCUCUGUUCUCUCUGUCUAGCUGAUCAUACCCACCACCGUUCGAUUCAGAUAAGGAGAUCUUCGUACCACGAUGUGAUCAGAGUGAAUGAGAUUCAGAAGUAUUUGGACAUCUCUGCAGUGCAGACAUACAUUAUAAACAGCGCAAAGGUUGUUUUCCUGAAUGAGCGGCCUCAGCCCAGUAGCAGGCCUGGAAAGGGGGUCAGCCAUACCUGCGAUGUAUGCGAACGCAGUCUUCCAGAUUCGUUCAGUUUCUGCUCUCUGGCCUGCAAGAUUGUUGGGUCGUCGAGGGAUUUCGUGAAGAAGGCGAAGCGUUUGCCGGAGAAGACGAAGAAGAAGUCGGCGUCGGACUCCGACGUUGACUCCGACGACCGCGGCGUUUACCACGGUCGGCAGCACUGUAGAAACGUCCAGAGCUUCACGCCGUCAACGCCGCCCCCAACUUCCGUGAACUGUAAUUACAGAAAUGCCAAGCGCAGAAAGGGAAUUCCUCAUCGAGCCCCAAUGGGCGGACUCAUCGUGGUAGAGUACUAGCCAUGUUUUUGCUCAUAUGCCCCUGUUCUUCUCUUAAUUUCGCUUAAGCACCUACAUUAUAAUUAUCACUCCACCGCCCCAGUUCUUGGGAAUUUCUACAACUUCCCAACUUCUUGAGGAGCAUGUUGUAAAUACUAGCUACAAAUGGGAAACCUUGAAAGUUUUUGUUACGUUUGGAAAUACAUAUGUAUAAAAUAUCUAGGGUAGAAUCUGGAAUAAGGAUUUAUAGGGGGGCAAAAAGUAAUGUGAUAAGGUAGGUGGGCUUUUAAGAAAAUAUUAGGUGUUCUGUUUCAUGGAAAUGAAAAUAAUGCUCUUCCCUAUAUUUGAUCCAUAUUGCAAGUUGAUAAUAAUGACAUAUGAAGAUAAUGGAGUGGUUAUUGACACAUGUAUGAUGUAUCAGCUAUCUUAUAGUCUGUAUGGAAAAAUGUAUAUACCCACUUUGUGAGUUUUAUAAAACACAAUAAUGGAAUGGCCAUAUUAGUUCUUA